CGGUACAUUUGUCAUUCAAUUUGACAGAAAGAAGCGACCCUAACCUCACAAACGUUCCAAGCGGCUUGUCUCAAUUCCGUUAGAAUGUCUGCAGAUUUUUACAUUCGUUACUACGUGGGUCAUAAGGGUAAAUUCGGGCAUGAAUUUCUCGAGUUUGAGUUCCGACCCGAUGGUAAAUUGCGCUACGCCAAUAAUUCCAACUACAAGAACGACACAAUGAUCCGAAAAGAGGUCUAUGUGCACCAGUGUGUGAUGGAGGAGCUCAAGAGGAUUAUUGUCGAUUCAGAAAUAAUGCAAGAAGAUGAUUCGUUGUGGCCCCCACCUGACAGGAUCGGUCGUCAGGAGCUCGAGAUUGUGAUCAACGAUGAACACAUUUCGUUUACUACCUCCAAAACGGGGUCUUUGGUCGAUGUGAGUCAGUCGAAGGAUCCCGAAGGACUGCGCUGCUUUUACUAUCUGGUGCAGGACUUGAAGUGUCUCGUGUUCUCUCUGAUCGGAAUGCAUUUUAAGAUUAAGCCAAUAUAAGGGUAAUUUUGUAAAGGUGAAAAAUAAAUGAUUUUGAUAAAA